AAUUAGAGUAAAUACAAAGUAGACGAGCGCGGCGAUGGUGUGUUCGGGAGCGUGCGUCCGAUGUUGUACUAGUGCAGUGUUUUAUUAAUAAAAUAAAAUAUACACACAUAUAUAUACAAUACGUAUAUUAAUAAGCAGCGUCAUUGCGCGUUCCGUCGCUGUCGGACUACAACGUGCGUGUCUGUGUGUGUAUGUUCAAUUCGUGUGCGUGUGUGUGACGAAAAUAAAAAAUAUUUGAAAAAUUUUGCGCAUUUUAAAACAAAUCAUGCCAGCGUCGAGACGCAUCGGCCGCCGUCGUGCGAAUCAAACACAUACAAUGGAUACAUUUCGGUUCAAUUAAAACGCGUGCGUGUGAGUUGUUUUUCCCUGGGUUAAGUGCCGAAUUUUAGGAUUACUGUGUUGCCAUCAGUUCGUCAUGGAUAAUCACUAUGUGCAGUUGGUGGGUGGACCAUGCGGUCAGCACGGGCCGUACACAUUCUACAAGGCGUUCAAGUUCGUCAAGAACGGCGAGAAGCGCAUCAUGACGCUGAGCGAGUUCUUCUUCGUGAAGCUCUGGAUGGACUCGGAUCUCGUCUGCAUCGGCGAGCUGCAGUUGCUCUGGAUGGACAAGAAUAGUGAGCAAGUGCUCGCGAGUCUACGGCUUUACUUCCUGCCGGAGAACACGCCAGAAGGACGCAUGGAUCAUGGAGAGGACGAAGUAUUGGCGAUAUCCGAAAAGGUUGUCCUGCGCGUCGAGGACCUAAUCACAUGGAUAACGCUGGACGCCGAAUGGGGCUGGGGGCGGUCCGCCCGGUAUGUUAGGGGGCGGUGCGACCCCUCGCUGGAAAUCCCCGAGCCGAAAAUCUCGGCGCGCCUCACCGAGAGUUCGUUGGACUUUUCCGACGUCGAACGCGAGCGGAAAUUAUCAGAUAUUAAACCGCCGAAAGGGCCGUCGGUGAUUAUCCUCAGCUAUCCAAGAUAUUGCCGAUAUCGCGCCAUUUUGAAACGACUUGAGGGAGUUGAAGAUGACCAGUUGAAGCAUCGUUUUGUCAACGCGCUGGGCGGAAUUCGCGUGAAGAAUGACAACACGAAGAUUUUAUAUUGUCGCGACACCUUUGACUAUCCAGAGUUGGAGGGCCACGAGCUGCUGUGCAAUCAUCUGGCGCCCAAAUUGAAGGGACGACCGCGAGGCAAGCGGAAAAAGAGGAGUAUCUCACCGGGAUCCGAAAGCAACGAAAGCGAAUCGUCUGUUUCAAACGUUUUCAAUUCUGGCAAGAACAAGUUGACGAUCAGUGGAGGUCGUAACGGUUUGCGUUGUGAUAGAGGCGCGACGCGCCGCAGCACGCGCUCAUCCGAGAGCAACGCCGAGAGCCAAGACUUCGUCAAGCGACUGACGGCAUUUAUGAAAAAGAAUAAGACGCCCAUCGGGAGGAUACCUUCGCUGGGCUACCGAGAACUGGAUUUGUAUUCGUUCUACACGAAAGUGGAGAGAAUCGGCGGAUACGAGGCCGUCACCCAGAAUCGAUUGUGGAAGUCGAUUUUCGACGACCUCAGCGGCCAUCAGACGAGCACCAGUGCAGCGACGGUUAUUAGACGACACUACGAGAGGUUUUUGUUGUCGUACGAGAAACAUCUCAAAGGUGGUGAAUACAACAAGCUGCUGGCAACUACCGAUCGCCGAAGGCUGAAGAGCAAGACUGGAAGCAGUACGAGCAUGAGCGACGCCGAGUCCAGUGAGGGCACAUCACGCUCCGGCAACAGCACACCCGUACCCCAACUGCAAACACCUUCGACGUCUACGCCUAGUACUCCCACCGAAUGCAAGGACUUCAUGGGCAUCAAGGUGGAAACCACCAAGUCUUUACGAAGCGUUCGAGUUAAACCGGAACGCAUGCGUGACAUGAAAGAAAUCGGUUCAUCUGCUACCGCGCCAUCAUCCAACAUGCAACCGGAAGAAGAAGUGGUGCUUAUAAAAGAAGAAAACAAGAUCCCCGAAAAGGAUCCGGAACCGUCUACAGGUGCAGUGGCACCUGUACAAAUUAUCUCCCCGGAGAAAAGCACUUCUCCCGCCGAAGGCAAGGAGAACAUACCUAUCUACAACGACGAGAACGAUGUGCAUACGAAGACAUCGUCGAGUAACAAUUGCCCAGAAGACGCUGAUCUUGUUGAGGUGCCAUAUAAACCGAAGUCUCCUGAGAUAAUUGAUCUGGAGUCGGACAAGUACACGAGCAAAAGCAAUAACAAUAAUACAAUUAGUAUUACCAACCAUGCGAAUCAUAUAAAUAACAAUAACAACAAUUGUACAACGAAUAACAACAAGAAUGCUGGUGAUGUUAAGAAAGGGAAAUUGGAUAUCCUCAAGGAGGGCGGUUUGGAGGUGACGCCCGUGAGGAAUUUCCCACCGCAGUUGCCAAUCCGAACGUCGACGAUUCAUAAGAUGAGCAUAGAGAAGCAUCAUAUGCCGCCGCCAUCUAUAAACGCUUCACUUAUUAAGCGACCAUCGCCCAUGGCGACACCGCCUUUAAAGAGUGCUAAAUAUCAAUUCAACUAUAACACACCGCCGAAGGUGGUGCAAUCGAAAUCCAUCUACACUCCGAGUCAGAUGACGGUGUAUGGUGAUCCAAAGGAUAUAAUCCAACCGCAGAUUCAUCAAGUGCAAACGCCGAAGUUUAUUGGAGGACCACCAGCUGCUAGUGGGACAUCCAGUGGGACAUACAAACCAAUAACAGAUUUAUUGGAUUUGACUGUGAAAAGUCCUCAGAAAGCAGCUGAUUAUGUUCGGGCACCUCCUGUCAUACCUCCAAAGCUUCAGAGUAAUGGUAUUAACAGGUACGGGGCUCCAUCUUUACCACUCUUAGAGGGUAGAAGAUUGAAUCACAAUCUUGAGAUUACUCUUGUUGGGCCAAAUGGGCAGCGCACGCCACCUAUGACGAGUCCACAAUUACCUCCACAUCUGCAACAUCCUCAAUCACCGCAGUUGAUGCAUCACCAGCAGCAGCAACAAGUACCACAGGUGCAGGCCCGUCCGCAUAAGAAACAACGCCAUCAUUCGUCUUCGUCUUCAACGUCCUCGACAUCCAAGCAUCAGCAGUACAAACUGCCGCCUACUGCAGCACCCACGGUGCCAAGCGGUGGACAUAAACGUGCCCUGAAUGAUUAUUAUGCGUCUAGCAGUAAAGCUGCUUGCGUGGAGGAAAACGGCAAGCAGCAGCGAUUGGGUAACGCCAGCGCAGUGACCAAUCUCUACGCGCCACCCAUGUACAACGCGAGCAAGAGCAAAUCAAAGUUUGCACCCACAUCGCCUUCCAUGCUGCUGCCCAACUUCCCCAUGCCCCCAACGGCACCGGUCUCCAGUGCCCAGAGCAAAGGCAUACCGCCGCCAUACUUGAUCGAUCCGAUGUACUAUCAGAGCCUGUAUAAUAAUUCGCGAUUUUCGACGCCGCUGCCGUUCCCCAUGCCCGGUGGUCCUAACAUGCCGUAUUUGAGUCUGUUCCAAAAUUUACCAAUGUGGACGGACUCGCAUGCUUCCAUCGCUUCGAACGACAGUAAAGUGAAAAAGCCAUAAAUUACUAGCAAAUCAUUGAAAUCAUCAACUGCCAACCGACUUAAGAAAUAUGGCUACGUUGGUUAGCUUAGACUAACAGUGAAUAUGUGAAACAAACAAAGUAACAAUCCAGAGUUGUUACAAGAACUGAGGUACGAGUAUUUUAAUGAAACGAAACGUGUAAACCUGCAAAAAUACAAAUAUCAGUGUUGUAAUGUACAUAGAUAUAUGAAUACAAAUUUAAAAUGGCCAGAUAGACAUGAUACACACACGACUAUGAGACGUAGUAAGCGUUUUAUGCAUUCAGCGCUUGGGCGUUCACUGCAAACAAAACAAAAAACGACUAAUUAGAUGAUAAUUUACGAGUUCUUUUGUACAAUCGAUUCACACGCUUGAAUGUCUAUGGAUUCGAUUGAAUGGCAGAAUUAAAACAAAACAUAACGAUAUAUAAUGACUAAUAUUUAAGACAACUGUGAUUUUACUACUAAUUAAAACCAAUAAUAAUGAUAUGAUUAUUAUAAAAUACCAAAAUACUAAUUGUACAUACGAAUAUAAUGCGCUAAGAUAAUAAGAUUUAAAAAGGUAAACGUGUAAGAUGAAAAAAAAAGAUCACCUACUUUUUGUGCGAAGUUUAUAUAUGAAUUUUUAAAAACGAUUGGUUUUGAGGCAUUGUAAUGUGUACUGUGUCGUUAAUGCCAUAAGCAAAUUUUACUUUUAUUGUUACGUUAUGUUUUUUGUGUUCUUUACUUGUAAGUUAAUGAUUACUUCUGAGUUCUUUGAUGUUUAGUUUCCAUUUUGCGGACGAAAGCAAACGAGUUAGGAUAAUGCGUUGUAAUAACAAUGAAAACUGUACAUAGUUUGAUGUAAGUUACUUUUUAUUAUUAUGUUCUAAUUAUACGACUUUGUAAACAGGAAUAAUAAAAUUUUUAAAUGGA